UGGAGACAUCGCUUCUUCAGCUUUUUUUGGCCAGCAACUUUCAAGUCGCUUGCUAACCAUGUAGCUUUUUGUCAGACUCACGUGGCUUCUUUAGCGUUAUCGGCAUCAUCAUUCUGUCACAUUUUGUGGACUAUGUCUGCUGAAAUGGACAUUUUAAGAGACGAAGAAGCGCACGAGCUGAAGUACAAGCGCGGGGGGCGUUUGGACAUGAGCCACGGCUUCCUGCACCAUAUCCGUAGGAACCAGAUCGCCAGAGAUGACUACGACAAAGAGGUGAAGUUAGCCAAAGAAGCUCAGCGGCGAAGGCACACCACAACUCCUCAACGACCCCGGCGACCUGACAUUCAGGUUUACCAUCCCCGACCAAGACAUGAAUCCGAGCCGCAGGCGAACGUCGAGGCGGAAGACUGGAAUGAGAGCGGCUCAAGCACUGAGACGGAGAUACAGGGAACUGAGCUCUUCUGGCUCGACUACCAGGCAGACUCUGGGACCGUUACGUCCGUCCUUGUGCACAAUGAUGAUAAGCCAGCGAGGGUGGUAGAACGCGUUGCUGAGAAGAACGUCAUGGAUUUAGCAAUGAGGGCAGUACUGGAGUCCCGCAUUCGAAAGGAGAUGGACAAAAGAAGAGAUAAACGCUGAGGGACAAAUUUAAGCGUGUAGUUUGCAACAGGCACGGUAGGCAAAGACCUGCCGAGAACGUCUUCAUCCUGAUUAGCGGGAAGGCUGCAAACAGCUGCCGUGAUGGAGGACCUGGAUGAUUGUGUCGCAUACGCGAGCACAGAUCCGAUCCGCACUCCUGUUGUGUUUUGAAAGGAGGGACGUGCAGCUAAAAUCAGCGAAUACAGUCAAGGGCAGUCCUAACUGCAUUUCACUUGUGGUUUUGCCGCCCUUGGUUCACAUCAUAGGGGACGCAUUGUGCAUGUUUACUUUUGAAAGAAAAAAAAACUGUUGUCCUUGACAAAAAAAAAAGAGAACAUUUCCUCUUUUGUUUAUAAAAUUGAAGUUUGAAUACAGUUGCUGGAAGUGGGAACACCACAGGGUUGUCGGUGAGUGAGUUAUGACCUUGAGCAUGUAUUUAUUUGGUUUCAUUACCUCUAUUAUAAUUUAUUUCAUUUUGUUGUCAUGUUUUUUGUUAACAGCUUUUUUUUUUUUUUACCCAUUAUUUGAAUUUGUUUAUUUAUUAUUUUUAAAAAUAUAUUUUUAUUUUUUUUUCUAUAAAUGUGUCGAGGGGCACUUUUGGAGGAGUCAUACAAUGUCAAUGUUUUCUACAUGUCACACGAACAAUAAACAAUUUGGAUACAAACGUA